AUGUGUGUGCGCCUCAGGGGACUCAUCAUACGGAUCGAUAUUUUAAAGGAGUGCCAAUGUGAGUGGAAAUCUGACGUUCCCUGCGCAUUUUUUCGUCGGUGCGGCCAGGCGGGGCUGUCGUGUUGAAUGCCCCGCCACAGCCCCUUCUACAGUCCCGUCAAGCCCCUUAAUAGCCCCCUCUAGCCCCGCCAUAUUUGAGUGGGUUACGCGGGGCUGGUGCUGGCAGGGUUAAUUAUAGAUUGAUCAGGCCCAAAGGUUGGUUGGUCCCCUCACUAAAUGGCCAAUUUGCGCUAAUAAACGUGAUCUUCUGCUGUUUCCGAGUCCCUGUGAAUUUUAUUGCGCUGGUGGGGCCAGGCGGGGCCGUCGUGUUGAAUGCCCCGCCACAGCCCCUUCAACAGCCCCUGCCUAGCCCCUUCAUAGCCCCCUCUAACCCCGCCAUUUUUAUGGGGCUAGGCGGGGCUGGUGCUGGCAGGGAAAUACGUCUUACAUAUUACCCGGUCAGCCGAACAAGCAAUUAUCUGAAGGUAUAAUUGAGUUUGUGAGACUUAUAGACGAGUUGGGUUAAAAAGGCUUGGAAAAUCGAAAAAAAGGCAGUGGCCAAUCUAUGCAUAUUUGCUUGGACACUAUCGCUUGUCUGAACAGAACAGCUCUGUGGUGCUAAACCAACGCCUUGCAUACUCAUACCGCUAAUGCGGAUGACUGUCAUUACAUUUUACUGAAAUCAUCUACAACUGAAUGUUCUCAAGUUUUGGUUCUACAUUUUCACGGAAAAUAUUCUGUUAAAUGUGUAUAUUACUGACAACAUUUCAGUACCAUGUUUAUUUAUGGUGUGAUAUUGCAUGUACCGUUUACAAUGGGGUUUUCAAAGGCAUUGCCUAUUACUCUUAAAAUAUACUGACCUAUACUGACCUAUUCGUAUUAACCUGCCCUUGAUUUGGAGUGAGGUAGGAUUCGGCUUGGAACAACGCUGUGCUUAUAGUAUGGCUUAUAAGGUUAUGCAAAAAGACACUAAAAACUACCUUAAAGUGGAGAAGCUGUCGUUCUAAGUGAUUUAGGCGGAACUGCGGACCUCACAAGUAGGUUUACUAGAUAGUUAGAAGCGGAUGCUGCGGCUGCUAUUGAUCUUAAGGACGAAUAAAGGCGUUCAGAGGCUACUUGAACGAAAAGAAGGAGAAGAAGAAGAAGAAGAAGAAGAAGAAGAAGAAGAAGAAGAAGAAGAAGAAGAAGAAGAAGAAGAAGAAGAAGAAGAAGAAGAAGGAAAGGAGGAAGGGAGAGGGCCACUGGGUCGGAUUUCUUAAGAGUAGAAUAAACUAG